AACACCGGAACCGGAAACCCGGAUGAACCAUCAACAAGCCAGGAGAACCGCUCUGGCGCUAUCUCCGCUUUGAGACUUAAGGCGUUGCUUAAAUUAAAUUAAAUUAAAUUAAAUUAAACUAACCGUCCGUGCGCGGUGCGGUAACGACAGGUUUGCGUUAUUUUCAAGAUUCCUCGUUAACGAGCAUUGAAUACUAAGCUAACGUUAUUAGCUCACUGGUUAGCUUGAUACCGCGGCUGUUUUUGUUGACGCCUAGCUGCGCAGAGUAAUUUGAAGCCGUCCGCCGGUGUCGGAGGGACCGUGCGAUCAUGGCCGACCCGGCUCGGAUGAUCAAACCUGAGGUUAAAGCUGAGAGAACGGCUUCUGCUAACGAGGAGCGUCCCAAGUCGGAGGGCGCCGGAGACGCAGCUGCCGCAGCAAAACCUACAGAUGUCAACAAAGAGUCGUCCUCGCAAGAUCCGAUCAAAGAGGAGGCGAAAUCUGAAACGGCAGCCGGGGAAGACGACGAUGACCCGUCUUCUUCCAAAAGGCUGAAGUUGGAACCAGAGAAGAAAAAGGAGAGGCGCCAAAAGGUUGACGAGGAUGAAAUACAAAAGAUGCAAGUUUUGGUGUCGUCCUUUUCUGAAGAGCAGCUAAAUCGCUACGAGAUGUACAGACGUUCUGCCUUCCCCAAGGCAGCUAUUAAGAGGCUGAUCCAGUCCAUAACAGGGUCGUCAGUGUCCCAGAAUGUGGUGAUUGCCAUGUCUGGUAUUUCCAAGGUUUUUGCUGGGGAAAUUGUUGAGGAAGCAUUGGACGUUUGUGAGAAGUGGGGGGAAACGCCACCGCUUCAGCCCAAGCAUAUGAGGGAAGCAGUGAGGCGGCUGAAGAGCAAAGAUCAGAUCCCCAACACCAAGCAUAAGCAAAUUCUCUUCCACUGAGGUGCCCCUUCUCUAGAUUGCGUGUGGAACGUGCCUGCGAUUUGAACAGCGGUGCCAUGGUUUGUGGAAGAAUUUGGAAAAGCUGAGUCAAGAUCAGUGACCAUUCAGACAAGAUCUUACAUGAAGGCAACUGUCAAUUGAAGUCCUCUUUGACCGGUCUUUACCUGUAAACGCUUGAUGCAACAUACAGUAUGGUGUGACUUUAUAUUCAUGUAUUAUGGUUGUAAAUACAAUUGUUUGUUUUUUUACUGUA